AGUUGUACGGGCACCUGUUUGUAAAUAGAGCAGAUUCGUGCCUGUUACAUUGUAUAUGUUAAACCUUCGAGAAAGAUGGUACGAAAACUCAUAGCUCUCCUUCCUUUGCUGGUGGCAGUGUAUGCCCGAAGCGUAAACGAAGAGGCGAAACACUGGGCAGUGAUCGUCGCGGGUUCCAAUGGCUGGUAUAACUACAGACAUCAGGCUGAUGCAUGCCAUGCGUACCAGAUCGUGCGUAAGAAUGGAAUCCCAGAAGAGAGAAUCAUCACCAUGAUGUUUGAUGAUAUCGCCAACAAUGAGGAGAAUCCCACACCAGGAAAGAUUAUCAACCGUCCCGAUGGCCCUGAUGUUUACCAAGGUGUCAAGAUUGACUACAGGAAAGAGGAAGUGGAUCCCAAGAACUUCCUGAAGGUUCUGAGUGGGGACAAGGAAGGAAUGGUUGGCAUCGGAAGCGGAGCGGUUCUUUCCAGCGGACCAAAUGAUCACGUGUUUGUGAACUUUGUUGACCACGGAGCUCCGGGAAUUAUUGCAUUCGGGAGCAAGUUUCUCCAUGCAUCCGACCUCCAUCACACCAUCCUGAAGAUGAACAAGGACAAGAGAUAUGGCCAGAUGGUGUUCUAUGUGGAAGCUUGCGAAUCUGGCUCAAUGUUUACCAAUAAUCUCCUGCCUAAGGACAUCAAUGUGUUUGCCACAACUGCUGCCAACCCUCACGAGUCUUCCUAUGCUUGCUACAUGGACAAGGUGCGAAAGACCUUCCUGGGGGAUGUGUACAGUGUCAGGUGGAUGGAAGAUUCCGAUAAGGAAGAUCUCAGCACAGAGACGCUGACCAAGCAGUUUGAGAUUGUCAGGAGGGAAACCAACACAAGUCAUGUCAUGGAAUAUGGAAAUCUGACUAUGGGAAAUAUGGAUGUUGCUGAAUUCCAAGGGAAGAACCAGCAGAUGCAUAUCUUUGACAAAAUGCCCAUCCCCAAUCCCAAUCUGGAUGCUGUACCAUCAGAGGAUGUUGAGAUGAACAUCCUUCAGUUGAAAGUGGGACAGGCCAAGACAGAGUGGGAGCGAGAGCUUCAGAACCAGAAGCUGGAGGAUCUCAAGAAUACCCGAAGAAGGACGGAAGAGACAUUCAAGCAUAUCAUCGCACUGUCCGUGAAUAACAACAAGGACAUGACGUACGACAUAAUGAUGGAACGACGCCCCCUGCUGUCACAUGACUGCUACAAACCAAUCACAGAGUACCUCAGGACCAACUGCCCGGGUCUCAACCUCGCUCAGAAUGACUAUGCUCUGAGACAUCUGUACACAUUCGUCAACCUCUGUGAACGCCGAACACCCCAAGAGGCAAUCAUAGGAGCCAUUGACAAGGUUGCAGAAGAUACAGAUCUUUGUUAAGUACCGGAUGGGAUAUUUACCUUCUCUGAUCUUGCCUACUUUUCGAAAGGUCAAGGUUAUGACCUUCCAUUUUGAUGGUCAAGGUUAUGACCUUCCAUUUUGAUGGUCAAGGUUAUGACCUUCCAUCUUGAUGGUCAAGGUUAGGACCUUCCAUUUUGAUGGUCAAGGUCAAGGUAAUAUCCACCAUUGAUAUGAUCACGUUUGCCAAAAUGCUUUUUGGAAACAAGACCUUUAAUACCAUUGACAUAUGUACAGAAUAAGACAUCUUGUUCAGAGUUUGUCAAUUACAAAGCAGAUCCGGUUUCAAACAAGAAACUAUCCAUUUUCUGUGUGUGUGUAAGAAUUAGUUCUACCUACAACCGUAGCCAUAU